GGCAAAUGUUGACAAAUAUUUAACUGAGUUACGGAGUUUCCAUUUGAAUUUUCUUAUUUUUCGUAUGAUCAUGUCUUAAAUAGAAUAAUUUAAACGAAUUUAAUAGCUUACAGUAAUUUUUGUGGAAUGAAGCGGAAGUACAUUUAAAACGAUUAAUUUAAAUAUUGUCAAUUGCCUAAGAGCAAACGUAAACAUGUCUGCUGCAAAUUUAGCGCCCAUAACUGCAACAGACAGUCUUUCGCAGGCCCUUAAAGCUAAUAUUAUACCUAAUCAGGAAUACCUGUUACAGGGUUCUGUACUAGAUUCAGCAGUAGAAGUUCUUCUACAUCGUCUUCGCGGGCUCUGUGACAACGUAGAUGCGGGAACAGAAACUUUCGAUGAUCAGGAAGUUUGUUUUAGUUUACGAGACCCAAACCAACAGGCGGCACCCCUUAUGUUGCGCGUUAGAAAAGCGCUCGAUGCGAGAGACAUGCCUUUUCAACUCAGGUACAUUGGUCAACCAGAUCUAGGAGACAAGAGCAGGCCAACUGUUGUUCGCUCAAGUCUUGACAUUGCCUGUAGUGGUAUGCUAAUUGAAUUUCUCAAUGAACUGGGAUGUAGGAUAGAGUUUGAAUAUAGUGUUAAAGGUUACAUGUUUAGAAAAGGUCGCAUGAAGAUUACAGUGUCAAAGGUGUUCAAAAUAUCACAAAGCUCAAUGUCUCCAGAGCCAAUCUCACAAAGUUACUUAGUUGAAUUAUCUGUAUUGGCCCCACAAGGUCAAGAUGCGAUUGGUGAGGAUAUGCGAGCAUUUGCAGACCAGUUAAGACCACUAGUUCAACUCGAUAAGAUAGACUACAAACGUCUCGGCCAUAUGUCCGUCACCUAGCAGAUGUUCCUGCUGUAGGCUGUCAAUACCUUAGUAAACAUUAACCGUGAAUUUCAAAUGUUGUGACACUUGUGUAUGACAUUAGAAACUCAGUAAAACAUUAUUUUUUAAAUAAUACAGCCUGAACAGUGUUAAGUGCAGAAAAGUGAUGAAAAACCGACUUUAACUACUACAGUUAUCAAUAUAAAUCCUAGAAUCAAUUUUAAAACUAUUGUUUGAG